AUGGUCGCCACCGUAACAGUCCUCUAUCCGACUCCGGAUUUGGAAUUCAACAUGGAGUACUACCUAUCUACCCACAUGCCACUAGUAUUUUCGAAGUGGUUGUCAUACGGCAUGAAGGAAUGGAAGGUAGUCAAGUUCGAAGACAGCCCCGACGGUACUAAGCCGUACAGUGUGGCAGCCGUAAUGACCUGGGAAAGCAUGGAUGCAUUGAAGACAGCACUGAAGGGUAAAGAGGUUGAGGUCAUCUUUGGCGAUGUCCCUAAUUUUAGCAACAAGUACGCCCUCUUCUUGAAUGGCGAAGUGGUUGGAGAAAGUUAG